AUGCAGCGGGCGCUGGCGGCGUGGCUGGCCCUCGGCCUGCUGGCCGGCACGGGGGCACAGGAGAUGUGCGGGGACCCCCCAACACGCUCCAUCCCUGCCCCCCGGCUCAGCCCCGAGGAGCGGCUCUCCCCACACAUGCCCGAGGCCCUGCGCUGCGACGCCUGCCACGCCAUCGCCUUCCAGAUCGAGGAGCAGCUGCGCAGGGCGGAGGGGAAGGCGGGCAGGAAGGCGCUGAGCGAGUCCGACUACGUGGAGGUGCUGGAGAGGAGCUGCUCGCAGGGCUGGGAGAGCUAUGGGGUGCAGGAGGUGGACGGGGAGAAGCGUCUGUCGGGGCCGGGGCUGCUGAGACAGGAGUCCAUGACCGUGAUGGUGACGGGGGGACCUUGGCCGAGCAGGCUGUCCAAGAUGUGCCACGGCUACGUGGGCGAGCAGGGGGAGGCGCAGAUCUACGGGGCGCACCGGCGGGGCCCGGCCGCCCUGCGGGAGCUGCUGUGCCACGGGGAGAAGGGGGCCUGCGCCGGCGGCAAAGCCGGGGGGCCGGCUCCCCCCAAGGCCCUGCAGAACGAGCUGUAGCCCCGACGCGGUUAAUGCUUAAUGCCCCGGUGACCUUCGGAGCCGACUUCGUCCCCAGCCACAGCCCGCACGUGCUGGGAGGUGGGCACCUUCCCGGCGUCACCGGAGUCGCCGCUGUCCCUCGACGCCCAGCCCGGCCGUGGCGGGACGAUGCUGGUGGCACCGCGUCGCCGGACCCCCCUCUCCAGCUGGGAAUUGCUCUGUGACCCCCCCGCCCCCGGGCUCUAAUGUUUGACCAAGGCGGUGCUCGCCGGAGGCAGCGCCCCGGCCCCCCCGGCGGUGC